GGUGAACUUGCCAACGGUCGUCACCAUUUGUCUGCGUUUCUGGCUUGAGAGAGAGCAGUAGCCAGUGCAUGAUAAAACUACACUACCUUCGGUCUGCUUUUACCCCGCCGACCCCCAGGCAGACUGACUCAUUUGGAUGAUGGCUGCACCAGUAAAACUACGGAUUAUCCUUGGUUCCAACAAUGCUGAAAAACUGACCAUAGAAUCAGGCAUGCCAAUGUCUGUUGAGGAUCUUGCAAAUGAGAUCAAACGUCAGUUUGAUAUAGAGGAGGACAUUAGACUCCAGUACAUGGACAGUGACUUUGAUAACGAAUUUGUUAACCUUAACAAAAUUUGCGACAUUCAAGACAAGAGCACAGUGAAAAUCAUCCGCUUGUCAGAUGCUCUAGACCUCAGCCGAGGCAGCAUGAACCAGAGUGGGGAAGAAGCAUCCUUGUCAUCUUCUGACACAUUAAAACUCUCCUCUGAUUCAGAAUCUUCUCGAUCACAUUGGCCCACAGAAUUCCAAAUUCCAAAGUUUUCAUAUGACGUGGAGAUGCAACUUCGAAGUGCAAACCAGGACUUUGUAUCAAAUGGAGUUCUUCUGACCCCCGGUCAUAAACUUAAAUCAGGCAUCUUGGAAAGUCUGGCUCAGGAAAUCAUCAAGUUCAAGGCAUAUCCCUCAAACUUGGAAAUUUAAUCUGUUGCUGAAGCUUUAAUCAAAGCACAUCCAUGUUUGAGAGAACAGAGAUCCUUCUGUGGUUUCUACGGCUGGAAAAUAAGCCUCAAGUAUAAGAUGGCAAACUACAGGACAAAACUUAGAAACUUGGGGUGCCCAGAACUGAGCAUCAAUUCCCUCAAGCACAAACCUGCAGAUAGAUGUCAGCCCGCCUAUGAUGUCAAAAAACCAAGGAAAGCCAAAGUCAAUUUUUUCCCCCCCUUUCCUGCUGGAGAGACCCAGGACAGCCUUGAAGGGGAAAGAUUGGCGUUGUUAUCUGAGGUCAAGAAGAGACAUAAUGAUAAAGUUGUCAAAGAAAAGAUGGCUAAGACCUUCGCAGAAGGCAAGAGGUCGUCAGAGACAAGCCCAUGAUCAUGGAGUUCAAGAUCAGAUGGCCAGGACUCUUCACUGUCGCAGAGGUGGAAGCAGAAUUUGUGAGGAUCACUACUGGUCCCCUUGUCUCAAAGUUCCAUGCACAGCUUGACCAACACACUGCCCAGCUCAUCAAAGUGUUCAAGAAGAAAGGAGGCUCUGCAGGGACUACCAUCAGAAGGAUUUUGGUCCCAAUCACACAGAAUGAAACUGUUGAAAAGAGGAGGGAGUGCAUCCUCAGGGCGCUUUGUAUCUACCUCAACGAAGACCCGAACAUCCUCUUCAAAGAAUACCUGGAUACUGAUGGCACCGCUGCACAGAGGGAGCUUGAGCAACUUACCCUUGGCAUCUACAUCAUCAAAGUCGAGGGAGGUGAUGCCACCACUCCUCCAGCUGAUGUUGGAAUAGUGAUCGAGGGUGUUGAAGUUCUUCAUGACCUGGGAGACGUCACCUCUGCAUGUGCACUCUUAAUGGGUGUAAUAUAUGCACUGAACCACAGUUAUCCUAAGGAACUGAAGACCUUCUUUGAAGGACUUCAAAAGCUCUUCCUUCAGCUGGAUGCUGGCAGACUCUCAGCCAAGUGAAGCUGUUAUGCGGAAAUAAGGGGAGAAGAGGACAAAAGAUGCACAACGCUACAACCUGCAGCAUCGUGCAAUGAACUUUGACGGACUGAAUCCGGGACAGGACGUGUGGAUCAAGGACCAAAAGAAAGCCGGAGCUAUCAUCGGACGUCACACCACUCCUAAAUCAUAUCUGGUGGAAGGACCCCAUGGGACCAUCAGAUGGAACCGUCGUCAUCUCAUCCCUAUGGGAUCCUCUCCGGAGCAGAGUGGCUUUGGUGCAGCAGAGCCGUUCCUGGGGGGCGUUCCGGAACAACCUUCAGCAGAAACAUUGCAGCAGAGUGUUCCUGAACCUCCAUCUUCAUCUUCAUCUUCAUCUAGUCAUACCAAAGACUAUAAAAAUGGGACCCAUUACCUCCCUGCUUGGCACUCAGCAUCAAGGGUUGGAAUUGGGGGUUAAAUCACCAAAAAUGAUUCCCAGGCGCGGCACCGCUGCUGCCCACUGCUCCCCUCACCUCCCAGGGGGUGAUCAAGGGGAUAGGUCAAAUGCAGAGGACAAAUUUCACCACACCUAGUGUUUGUGUGACAAUCAUUGGUACUUUAACUUUAACUUUUAUCUACUCCUACUCCUAGAACCAGGUCUGGGAGGGCUGUGGUGAGACCAACUAGGUUGGACCUAUAAUUUUGUUUCCUAGAGACAUUACAGAGACUCUAAUGGAAAAAAAAAAAAAAAUGUUACUGUAUUUGGGAAAAGACAGAAAAGUAAAUUGGAGCGUUUUGGAUAUGUUUUAUUGUACUGUAAAUGUUCAAGUCAGUUGCAGGGCUUAGGUUGAGGACAGUACAGGAUUAGUAUAGGAUGGAUGUUUGAGUAUUGAUGUUGCAGUGGAUUUUUCUAAGGGUAAAUAAAAUAUGUGUGUGUGUUUGAUUGUCUGGUACAGGCUCAUAUAGGAGCAGACCUUCCAACCACGAGGCAGAAUAAUCCUCAAGGUCUGUUGAAUCAAUGGCGGUCUACCCAUUGAUUCUAGAAAGGGGAGAUGUGGUGUGAUUGUAUUAUGGGAGAACUACAGAGUCGACAGGCUAUGACGUCACGUGUGUGCGGCGGAGCGGGAGACAGGGGGGAGUGAAUUAGAGAGCGAAAGACUUGUGAUUGAGCUAAUAAAAGUAUCCACGUUAUAAAGUACAGCUGGACUCACGUAUGUAAUUCAGUAACUCGACAUGGACAGACAAACUCUGCAUAGUUGGAGGGAACACACCCUACCUUUGAUAUCACUGUAACUCAGACAGUGAAUGUAGUCUAGUAGAGAAGGCCUAAGCUAUUUUUUAUGUUGUUAUAGCCAGUGGCUUAGGUUAAUAUACUCCAAUAGUUUGUUGCUCAGUUAACAUGCA